AUGUGCACUGGCCAGCAACCAAUCAGAGUGAUGGCGAUUCCCCAGGGAAUGUCUUAUGCGCUGUUGGCGCGGUUGCCUCCUCAAAUGGGUUUGUAUGUGAAUUUCGUCUACCCUUUAGUGUACAUGGUGUUUGGUACAGGCCGACAUGUGGCGGUGGGGGUUUCGGCGAUUGAAGAUUUGCUGUUGGGGGAAUCGGUGACACGAAUCAUAGGGGAGAGAGAGCGGCUGGAGGACAUUGCGCUGGCUCGGGCUUUGGCUGUGGACUCCAAGACGUCGUCGGAGGCGCGUGCGGUCUUGGAAGCUACAGCGGAUUUGAAUGCGUCCUUGCUGCAGGAUAACAGAAUCGCGAUUUCUGUUGGCAUGUCUGUUUGCGUCGGUCUCGUGUUCCUCCUCAUGCGGGUCCUGCAAGCGGGUCUUCUUGCAGAUCUCUUGGCUGUCCCUGUGCUCUCUGGUUUCUCCACUGCCAGCGCAUUCCUCAUCGGCACCUCGCAACUCAAACACGCCUUGGGCCUCAGUAUUCCUGCUGCAGUGGAGGACGCAGAUUUCAAACUGCUCAGACAGUGGUGGUACUGCGCCACCCACAUCCAAGAAGCCAAUUGGGCUUCCGUCGGCAUUUGUGUCGCCUCCCUGUGUGUCCUCGCCCUGUGCAAAAUUUUGAACCGAAAGUACUUCAAGUGCAUUCCUUUGCCGGGCCCUCUCCUGGUCGUAAUUAUUUUCACGGCCUUGUCUGCUGGACUGGGCCUGGAGGAGUCGGCGGGGAUCAAGGUUAUUGGGGCCAUCCCUAGAGGCUUUCCCUCCCCGGCAGCUCCCCGCUUUUCAACUUCGUUUGCUGUCAUCACGGAAGGUGGCGAUCCUGUGGUGGUGCAGCGGAACGUGUGUUUGAUGAUGUUACGGGAGGCGCUAGCGCUAACUGCUAUGUUUUUUGUCAUUCACAUUUCCAUUGCCAAGACCAUCACACAGCAGAAGAAGACGUACAGCAUUCGUCCGGAACAGGAGUUGGUGGCACUAGGCGCUUGCAACUUCCUUGGAUCUUGCUUUCAGUGUUUUCCUAACGCAACGUCCCUGUCACGAACUUGCGUCGUUGCUUCUACUGGGGGUUUAACGCAGUUGCACCAAAUAUCCAACGCCCUGGUGCUGGUUUUCACACUGUCGUUCAUGACGCCGCUGCUGUACGCUUUGCCCAAUGCUGUGCUCGCCGCCGUCGUCCUGUUUGGGGUGUAUGGGAUGCUGGACUUCAAGGAGUGCAUUCGUUUGGCAAAGAUCGGUGAGGACAUUUAUUCGUUGUUGGUUGCCUUCUGUGCACCCGGCAACGGAUUCAGCGGUUCACAGACAUCCGUUGCCUUCCUGCUUGUUAUGCCCACGCGUGUGGUAUUACUCCCAAAGACUUUCAUAUACAGAAACAUCAAGCGUUUUCCUAUGGCAGUGGAGGAGGAAGGCAUCCGCAUUUUGCGUUUUGACGCGUCUCUGAACUUCAGCAACAGUGACUUCUUUGAGUCUCGCGUAUUACAGUCUUUGUUGCCUUCAACCCGCGUGGUGAUUGUUGAUGGCUCCUCGAUAAAUGAUUUGGACGUGACAGCCAUCCGCAUGUUAGAGAGACUGGUUAAAACGUUGGGAGAUCGGGGAGUGUUGCUACUGUUCGCCAACUGGAAAGGCCCCAUGAGGGAUUUCCUGCAGAAGGCAGCUUUCUAUGACGUGCUACCGCCUGAGCAUUGCUUUCUGUCGAUUCCCGAUGCUGUCUUCUGGGCUAACAGACGAAUGGCUCUGGGAGACAAUUCGAAAGAAGCAUCAGAUGCAGCUGCGCCACACGCGUGGAGCCCCGCCUGCUCGCAGCACGGGGGUGCGUUGACUCCUGCUGGCAGCCUGACGCCCAAAGCGCCUCCCCCUGUCGUUGCUUUGCGCCCGGUGGAUGUACACCCUAUGGGACCAGACAGACGGAAGGGAGGUGGAGGCAACAGGUCCUUCAGGCCCAGGGCGUUGCCAUUCUUUGGAACGAACAUGGCAUGCCUUAAGGGUGCGCAGACGUCGCAGAGCGAAGUGAUGCUGAACUUGGGAGAAAAGAAGAAAACACACGCGGCAUUCAGACGGCGAUCCACGCGGUCUCAGAGCCUGACAAGCCUUCAAGACAUGGACGCGGAGACUGCCGACGGUAUAGGCAUGCUGGGCGGGCAUCACACAUCCAUUCUCUGGGACGGUCUGAGCGCGCGAUCAGCGGACGGCCUGCGGGUUGUGACGGAAAUAACAGGCAGUGGGCAGGCAGUGCGUUGGACGGUCUGCGCCACCGCGCAAGAAGACGAAGGCCAGAAUCCCGAGCAGUUGCAUAUACAGCAAGGAACUCAGCAAGACGAUGACCGACAGCAAGAAAAUUGUCAAGAUGCUGUUCUCAGCCCGAUAAGUUCAACGCAUGAAUUGCAGGUCACGCAGCAACUCCUUAACGACGCUGGCGACCCAACCCCUAGACCCUAA